AUGUCGUUUAAUGUUCUCGUUCUCGGAGAAGGUGGUCGUGAGCAUGCACUCAUCUGGAAACUUUCGCAAUCACCCAAGAUUGGUAAGAUAUUUUGUGCUCCUGGUAACGGAGGUAUUGCCUCGAUGAAAAAUGUUACCUGCGUUCCUAUUGGAUUGUCUUCAUCGGACUAUCCAGAGCUUACUUCAUUUGCACUUAAAAAUGAUGUUAAGUUAGUGGUUCCUGGCCCUGAGCAGCCUCUUGUUGAUGGUGUUGCCGAUGCUUUUGCAAAAAUCGGUAUUCCUUCAUUUGGUCCUUCUUCUACUGCAGCCCGCAUGGAAGGUUCCAAAGCUUUUGCAAAAGAUUUCAUGAAAAAGCACGGUAUUCCAACUGCUACUUAUCAGAAUUUUACUGAUUAUGAAGAGGCUAAAAGGUACGUCCAAAACUGUAACACGAAGGUCGUUAUCAAAGCUUCAGGAAUCGCCGCCGGAAAAGGUGUCAUAAUUCCAGAAAAUAAAGAUGAAGCAUUACUAGCACUUAAGGAGAUAAUGGUGGACCGUAAUUUUGGUGCUGCAGGUUCUGAAGUUGUGGUUGAAGAAUACCUGGAAGGUGACGAGUUAUCUAUACUUUGUAUAAGUGAUGGUUAUUCUUAUGUCUAUCUUCCACCAGCUCAGGACCAUAAGCGCGUGGGCAAUGGUGAUACUGGACUUAAUACCGGUGGUAUGGGUGCCUAUGCUCCUGCACCUCUGGCUACUCCUUCUCUUCUAUCUAAAAUAGAGAAGACCAUCUUGAAACCAAGUAUUGAUGGUAUGAGAAAAGAUGGUUAUCCUAUGGUCGGUGUUUUGUUUGUUGGUUUGAUGAUCAGCCCUCAAGGUGAGCCUAAGGUUCUAGAAUAUAAUGUGAGGUUUGGUGACCCAGAAACUCAGACCGUUCUUCCUUUGAUGAAAAGUGAUCUUCUAGACUUAAUGAUUGCCACUGUUGAGCAUCGUCUUGAUAGUGUGCCCUUCAGUAUCUAUGAAGGAAAGUCAAGUGCUACGGUUGUCAUGGCGGCUUCCGGUUAUCCAGUGAAAUAUAAUAAAGGAGAUAAAAUAUCCAUUAAGGAGCCUUUACCGGAGGAUACAUUCAUUUUUCAUGCAGGAACAAAGCUUGUUAAUGGCUCUCUUGUCACCGCUGGUGGUCGUGUUAUUGCUGCUACUGCGAUAUCUGAUACCCUUAAGGAUGCGGUUAAGAAAGCAUAUGUGGGGGUUGGCUUUGUUACAUUCACAGGCAAGUACACGAGGGACGAUAUAGCUCACAGAGCCUUUGACUCGAAAAUUGUGGACGGUAAUACUUUAACUUAUGAAGCAGCAGGUGUCUCCGUUGAUGCCGGUAAUAAGUUGGUUGAAAAUAUUAAAAAGAUGGUCAAGUCAACAUCUAGACCUGGAGCAAAUCCAGAACUCGGUGGUUUCGGUGGUCUUUUCGACCUUAAGGCUGCUGGUUACAAUGAUAUUGAUAACACACUUCUUGUCGGAGCAACUGAUGGUGUUGGUACAAAGCUUCGUAUUGCGCAGAUUCUCGAUGUACAUGACACGGUGGGAAUUGAUUUAGUGGCAAUGAAUGUUAACGAUUUGGUCGUUCAGGGUGCUGAGCCUCUUAUGUUUUUAGAUUAUUUUGCAACGGGUCAUUUAGAUUUACCUGUCGCUCAGAGUUUUGUUCGUGGUGUUGCCGAUGGCUGUAAACAGGCUGGAUGUGCUUUGGUUGGAGGUGAAACUUCAGAAAUGCCUGGGAUGUAUCCGCCUGGACAUUAUGAUACUAACGGAACUGCUGUUGGUGCGGUUUUGAAGGAUGAAAUGCUUCCUCGUACGGACGAAAUGGGUGCCGGAGACAUUUUGCUUGGAAUUGCUUCAAACGGUAUUCAUUCCAAUGGUUAUUCAUUGGUGAGAAAAAUAAUUGAAAGUAGUAGUUACAGCUACACUGAUCCUGCUCCAUGGAAUCCUAAGUCUACUAUUGGCAGAGAAGUUCUUAUUCCAACAAGAAUUUACGUCAAACAGCUUCUUCCAUCAAUAAAGUCUGGGUUAAUUUUGGGUUUAGCCCACAUUACAGGUGGAGGUUUGAUUGAAAAUGUUCCUCGCGCCUUGCCUGAUAAUGUUACAGCCAAGAUUGACAUUUCCACGUGGGAGGUUCCGGAGAUUUUCAAGUGGCUCGGCAAAGAAGGUAAUGUCCCGAUCCCAGAUAUUCUAAAAACGCUCAAUCUUGGUGUUGGUAUGGUUGUGAUAGUGAAAGCAAUAAAUGUCGAAAGGGUCACUGAGAAUUUGACUAAGGCAGGUGAAACUGUGUACAAAAUUGGUAAACUUGUGAAGCGGAUGCCCGGUAUGGUCGGCUGUAUUGUUGACAAUGCUGAAGGAUUGUAUUGA